CUUCCGUGUUUCAUUCUGGACAACGUGAUUUUUCAAAGUCAAUAAAAAUGUUGAAAGCUGUUGCCGAAGGGAUGUUCAAAGGGGCCGGUGACGUCUCUGAAAAUGCAUCAGCGAAAAACGAGUUAUUGGCUAAAAUUAUAUCGACAUUAAUUGGCCUGACAGCCUCAUUUACCAUCACAUACUUCGGCGUUCGUUAUCUGAUGAACGCAAUGGAUCCGACACAGAAGGACAAGAAGGAAUCCAGAGAACGGGCACAGAGGAUGCUGAAGAGACUUGGGGUUGACAAUGCUCAGAAGUUGUCCGAGUAUGAGCUGUGUAUUGCGUCAAACCUAGUGGAUCCACGAGAUGUUGAUGUGUCCUGGACGGACAUUGGUGGUUUGGAUAGCAUCAUAAGUGAAAUCCAGGAAACGGUCAUAUUGCCUUUCAAAAAUACAUCACUGUUCCAGAAUUCAUCACUUCUGCAAGCACCGAAGGGCGUAUUGUUAUAUGGCCCACCUGGAUGUGGUAAAACAAUGAUUGCCAAGGCAACAGCAAAGGCAGCAGGUGCAAGAUUCCUGAAUCUUCAGAUCUCGUCUUUAGUUGACAAGUGGUAUGGAGAAUCACAGAAGAGAGCCGAGGCGGUUUUUUCUCUGGCUAUCAAACUCCAGCCAACAAUUAUUUUCAUUGAUGAAAUUGAUUCAUUCCUGCGAUCCCGAUCUUCAACUGAUCAUGAAGCAACAGCAAUGAUAAAGACUCAGUUCAUGAGUUUCUGGGAUGGUUUGAUAACUGACAAGUCCUGCAAUGUUAUGGUGAUGGGAGCAACCAAUCGCAGACCUGACGUUGAUGCUGCAAUACUUCGCAGAAUGCCAAGUCAGUUUCGAGUCGGCCUACCUGCAAAAGAACAAAGAGCACAGAUUUUCCGAAUGAUCCUAAGAGAUGAAAAGACUGACGAAUUGAAAUUCCCCCAGCUAGGGGAUAUAACCGAUGGUUUCUCAGGUAGUGACAUCCGGGAGGUGUGUCGGGCAGCAGCUGUUAGCACAGUACAUGAAUACAUGCAUAACCAUCGGAAUGGUUCAGACAUAAGCAAUGAUGAUAUGCACAAAGAACUUCGAGGGAUAAGAAUGGAUGACUUAAAUACAGCUGUCACGAAGGUCAAAAUGACCAAGAAUGUGUCAUUGUUACUAACUGACAGUAUACCAAUGGAUCGAUAAUCUUGACUGUUUAGAAUCAGAAUGUAGAUUUUGUUUUGUAGCUGUUGGAAGAAAAGUGUGAGUUCUGUAGAAUAUGUUUGUUUUCAGUUUACCAGAUGUGACGAAGAUAACAAAACAAAAAAGUGAAGCCUGUGCAGAGAGUAUGAUUCUGUGUGUUUAUAUGUGUCAUUAUGUCACAACUAUCACAGGAUCACAUUAUGACAUAACGUUCCACAGGCCUUAUAGUCAAUAGAUUGGAUUCUGAAGUUGGUGACUUUUGUUUUCAUUAAUAGUUUGCUACAGGCACAUUCACAAAACAAUUGUAGAUACAUAUCAUGAAGUAAGCUGCAUGAGUUUUAAAAAAACAUUUUCAGAUUGUAUCAGUAAACUUCAUAUGUAUCAACAUCAUUCCACAAAAUUGUAUUAAAUAUGUAUUAAGAUAUAUAUGAAGUUCUGAAACAGUUUUGUUGUUUGAUCUGACAGAUUAAUAACAAUUAAAAUAAUCAGAAAAAGAAUGGUCACACGAUGUGCUCACACUGAAGAAUAUUCUAACUGUAUAUACAUGUAUGUCCUGUAUGAAAUUUGUAACAUCUAUUUUCACAGUUUUGAAAAUGUAUGGCAAAAAUACUUUUGUUCAUAAAGAAAGAAAGAAAUCUUUUAUUUAAUGAUGCACUCAACACAUUUUUUAAUUUAUGAUAUUGAGAGAGGAAACCCACUGUCACCACUUC